AUGGCCAAGUCUUUCGAACACCCGAUACUAGAGCUACUACUCGCGACGGCAGCUCCCCUUCUACUGGAUGCACUAUGGGGAAUACUGUUAAGCGGAGGAGAAGCCGACCGGAUGAUAGACUCCAUGCGUGGUAGUUCCUCGCACGGCAAGGCGAGUCAGCAGGGGAUGGCUACCGAGUACGGUCGGAAUAUAGUGCAAUAUGGAAACGCUGGUUACUGGUUACACAUAUGUUACUUCACUGGUUUGUCGAAUAUGAUUUUGCAAGGGGGCUUCAAGGCUGCUGCUACUCUGGAGGCUACGAUUAACGGCGAUCUCGCAUUCUUGGGAAAUGCAAUCUUUUGGCGCGAGCCUCUGUUCUGGACAGUAGCUAUGCUACCGUUGGCAGCCAGUUUUGUGUUCCUUAUGAUUCCACCGAUACCUAGGAGUACACCCCCACCGGAUGUUUGUGUUUGGAAAUCCAUGAAGUUUAUAGUUGCUGAGAAACUGUUCAGAAGAUUGGCUCCCUCCGUUAUUGUGAAUGGCAUGAUUUAUUUAUAG